AAAUGUCAGAGUUGAAAGUGGAAAGGUUAUUUCAAACAUGGCUGCCCCCCAAGAUGAUAUGUUUUCUUUCUGCGUGGAGCCCACCAAAGUUAGCAAUUAUGUGGAAGUCAAAUUUAUUGACAAGAUUAAGGGCAAGGGAUUAUUUGCCAAAAAAGCCAUUAAGAAGGGGGACACCAUUUUUGUAGAGCGCCCACUUGUCUCAGCACAGUUCUUGUGGAAUUCCCUGUACAAAUACAAAGCCUGUGAAUACUGCUUGCGUGCUCUGGAGACUGCAGAGGAUAAUGCCCGGAGACUCACUGGCAUCCCUGGUCUUAGUCUACCCCAUCCCGAGUUGUGCAGCGUGUGCCCUGAGAUGCACCAAGCGUGCCCACAAUGUCAGGUGAUGUACUGCAGUAUCGAGUGUCGGCAGUCUGCGGCAGAUCAGUACCAUCGAACCCUAUGCCUUGGUUCCUCCCAAGAUGACCCCGAUCACCCCAUCAACAAACUGAAGGAUGCCUGGAGGAGUAUGCACUACCCCCCUGAGACAACCAGCAUCAUGCUAAUGGCUAGAAUGGUUGCAACUAUCAAACAGGUGCCAGACAAGGGGCGGUGGCAGAAGUUUUUCUCUCAGUUCUGCAGUCGUGCGACCAAUGAAGAGGAGGAAAUUGCACACAAAUUGCUUGGAGAGAAGUUCCAAGGUCAGUUGACCUUACUACGAACCUUGUUUGCAACUGCACUUUACGACGAUCAACUAAGUCGGUGGUUUACACCUGUGGGAUUUUGCUCCCUCUUCUCCCUUGUUGGGACCAAUGGACAGGGCAUAGGUACCAGCUCUCUCAGCAAAUGGGUUCAUGCCUGUGAUGCACUGGAGUUGACUAGCCAGCAGAGGGAGCAAUUGGAUUUCUUCAUUGACCAACUAUACAAGGACAUAGAGAAAGAGACCGGUGACUUUCUGAACUGCGAAGGAUCCGGGCUCUUCCUACUUCAAAGCUCAUGUAACCACAGCUGCAUACCGAACGCGGAGGCAUCUUUCCCGAACAAUAACUUCUUGCUCCACCUCAGUGCAAUUGGUGACAUCAAUCCUGGAGAGGAGAUCUGUAUCAGUUACUUGGACUGCUGUCAGCGUGACAGGAGCCGUCAUAGCAGACACAAAAUCUUGAGGGAGAACUACCUGUUUGUCUGCUCAUGUCCAAAGUGUGUGUCUCAGAUGGAUGAGCUGGAUCUGACGUCGGACGAGGAGGAGGGGGAGGCCGAGGGGGAAACGGAGGGGGAUGACAUGGAGGAUGAGAUGACUGAUGUCUGAGAGGGGGGACCAGGUCUGGUCCCUACCUCCCACUCACCCUCAAUCCUACUAUCAUCCACACAAGUUAACUGUGCACAUCUGCGCGGUUAAGACCAAGCCCAAACAGACACCAAACAACUGUAAUUGUGUCAUUUUGUUUAAUGUGUGAUUUAUUUUAUUUUUUUCCAAAGAAGAUUACUAUCUUGAUGCCUCAGAUCUCUCUUGAAAGCGUUUCCUCAAGUAAAUGUUCAAGAACAGACCUCGUCUUUUACCUUUAGUGUAAUGUCUGCAUAUAGGAAAAUAAAUCAUCCAGCUCAUUAAUGUUUUUAAUUCAAUACAGUUUAGUACCUCUUUAAACCAUUAAACUAUAAACAGGCAAAAUAAAAAAAAUCCUCAGAUGUUGUGAGCAUUUUAUGGUGUAGCUAAAUUCAGGCAAACCAGGAUUUUGCCUGUUCUGAGAAGGAUAAUGCUCUUGCUCAACCUAUGAGGGAAAACAUUAUAGUAUUUACAGUGUAGAUAAAGGAACCUGCCCAAAUGUAAGUGCAUAUAUAUAUUGAUUUGAGAGAUCUAUCAAGGAACCUAAGAAACAUUCAUUGCAAUGGGGUAAACAUCAACCAAGGUAUUAAAUUGAUACCUUGAGCGGUAAAGAUGUUAACUAUUUGCCCUUUAUUGAGGAGAACUGUUUUUCCGCAUGAGUGAAAUUGCUGCUACUGCCCACACAUGAAUCGAUACAAUAGCAGUGACUGUAAUUUUCAAUCCCAACAUUUUCAUUUUUACUGGACAAGUAUGGCAAACACCGAAUGACUAACCUCAAUUAUCUCAGUUGGCAUUCAGAGCUGUGGUGCAUAGGAACAUUGCUUUUGAUGUCACACAAGGACAUGUUGUAGUAUUAGAAAAACAGCCAAUACUGUAUGAGAAUCCUAACAAUUGUCAUUUCUACCACUCUAGCAUAAACCAUUGAGAUUAAAAUGCCACCUCUUUUUGCUUUAUUUAUAUUCUGCUUAGUACCAUUUGAUUUUAUUCAAAAGUUAAGCAAACUGGCAUUUUUUUUGUCAUUAUCACCUAUGAACCCAAAGCCAACUUUGCUUGAAGCUAAUAUUAUGUGGGUACCUGGAUUUGAGUUAUAACUUGCAUUUCUGAGAAUAUAAAAACUGUAUUCCUGGUCACAUUUUGUACUUCAUCUGCUCGUCUGACUUUUCUCUAUCUGUAAAUAUUGGUAACUCUAUUUUAAGGGUCUAUAAUAAACCGUUUAGAAGGCA